CGAUCAGAACAAACUACACGACGGAACACUUCCGGGGCACCAAAUCUGCGUUGCCUUGUCGUGGACGAGUUGGCUGUCUGUAAAGCCAGUGCUUUUACGUUUUUUAUUACUUUACGUGGAAUUUACUUGAACGAUUUUACGCAGAAAUGGCUGAGGAUGUGCAGAAACACUCGGUGCAUACCCUCGUUUUCAGAUCCCUCAAAAGGACCCAUGAUAUGUUUGUAGCUGAUAACGCAAAGCCGAUAUCACGAGAUGAGGAAAGCAAUAAAGUGAAAAUGGCUGCUAAGUUGAGAGCCGAGUAUGGUGCCAUUCUUCACAUGCCGCUGAUGAAGGAGGGGAGAGAGAAGGAUCAUAUGUUAGACCCAUACAGUCAUGGUUAUCCAGAUCCUGCCUCAUUGCCAAUUGAGUACCAGAUCACAGGAACGCACCCUUAUCCAUCUGGACCAGGGUUGGCCCUAACUGCAGACACACAGAUUCAGAAGAUGCCAUCCGAGGGUGGUGUUCACUCCAUGGCCCUGGCCUUGCCCCCUUCUCAGGCCAGGCAAGAUAUGGCUCGAACUGCAGCCAGCGUAGGAGACAUUCACAGGCAUGCAGGGUCAGCUGAGAGGUCCUUGCCUCCUCACCUGUCUCUGAUGGAUGGUGGUGGAACCAAAACAUUGACCCCAAGGAAAGCCCCAACCAUGCCCAAACCACAGUGGCAUCCUCCAUGGAAACUUUAUCGGGUUAUUAGUGGUCAUCUGGGUUGGGUGCGAUCUAUUGCUGUUGAGCCUGGCAACCAGUGGUUUGUUACCGGAUCAGCUGACAGAACCAUAAAGAUUUGGGACCUGGCCAGUGGUAAGCUGAAGCUGUCUCUGACGGGUCACAUCAGUACGGUGCGGGGCGUGGCGGUCAGCAACCGCAGCCCUUACCUCUUCUCCUGCGGGGAGGACAAGCAGGUCAAAUGCUGGGACUUGGAGUACAACAAGGUUAUCAGGCACUAUCACGGCCACCUCAGUGCAGUAUACGACCUGGACUUGCACCCAAGCAUCGACGUCCUGGUCACAUGCAGUCGAGAUUCCACUGCAAGGGUGUGGGACAUCAGAACCAAGGCCAACGUUCACACUCUCUCUGGACACACUAACACCGUGGCAACAGUGAAAUGCCAGAACGCAGAGCCUCAGAUCAUUACAGGAAGCCACGACACCACCAUCAGGCUCUGGGAUCUGAUUGCUGCUAAGACACGAGCCACGCUGACCAAUCACAAGAAGUCUGUGCGUGCAGUAGUGCUUCAUCCACGGCAGUACACGUUUGCCUCUGGUUCUCCAGACAACCUCAAACAGUGGAAAUUUCCAGAUGGAAACUUCAUUCAAAACCUCUCGGGACACAACGCCAUCAUCAACACGCUGGCUGUCAACUCCGAUGGUGUACUAGUUUCAGGAGCUGAUAACGGCACCAUACACAUGUGGGACUGGCGGACGGGCUACAACUUCCAGCGCAUCCACGCGGCGGUGCAGCCCGGCUCCCUGGACAGCGAGUCGGGCAUCUUCGCCUGCACCUUUGACCACUCCGAAAGCCGACUCAUCACCGCGGAAGCCGACAAGACCAUCAAGGUCUACAAAGAAGACGACACAGCGACUGAAGAGUCGCAUCCUGUAAAUUGGAAACCAGAGAUCAUCAAGAGGAAGAGGUUUUAAAGGAGGAAUUUGAGCCCAUGCCCACUUCAAAAUGUUUUUGUUUAAUUUUCAAUUUCUUUGCUUCAAUAGCUCUCAGUUCCUACUAUGUGGGGGUUGUGUAUGUAAGAAAACUAGAUUUGUUUUCCACAUAAUGUCUAAGUGUAACCUGGCAGAUUUUUUUUAACUUUCGCAAAAAAUAUGAUGACCAAUAUUAAAAGACUCAUCAAUACAAAGC